AUGCAAUAUAAUAAUAAUAAUAAUAAUAAUAAUAAUAAUAAUAAUAAUAAUAAUAAUAAUAAUAAUAAUAAUAAUAAUAAUAAUAAUAAUGAUGAUGAUGAUGAUGAUGAUGAUGAUGAUGAUGAUGAUGAUGAUGAUGAUGAUGAUGAUGAUGAUGAUGAUGAUGAUGAUGAUGAUGAUGAUGAUGAUGAUGAUGAUGAUGAUGAUGAUGAUGAUGAUGAUGAUGAUGAUGAUGAUGAUGAUGAUGAUGAUGAUGAUGAUGAUGAUGAUGAUGAUGAUGAUGAUGAUGAUGAUGAUGAUGAUGAUGAUGAUGAUGAUGAUGAUGAUGAUGAUGAUGAUGAUGAUGAUGAUGAUGAUGAUGAUGAUGAUGAUGAUGAUGAUGAUGAUGUUAAACAUUUUUCGCCAUUUUUAUGGAGUUAA